CCGUGUUAAACACAAGAGAGGAAGACGUAUCAAAACAUGCUGAGUUAGUUGUACAGUAAAAUUAUGUUUUUCUUGUUGAUUUCUCUCUAGGGUGCGCUAAACGUUUCUACUAACGAAAACGUUGGAUGUUGGACGCAUGAUUUGAACGUUGCAUCAAUUGUUGUAACCAAAACCUGAGCAAAUGAAUCUCAACAAGAUCAGUAUCCUGACCAACCAUGUGUUUUUGUGCAGAUAUGCUUGGAGAAAAUUAUGUGCUGAACAUGUCCUUGGUAGAAGGUACAUGGCUUUUGCGACAUGUAAACCAAUCAGAUUUUUUCAAUGUACCUCAAAAUUAGUUGUUACCAUGUUCCCAUGUCCAAGACAAAAUUUAAGAGCUGGGGUUGCAGUUCCAGUUCUGCCAGCAAGGACUUUGUCUUUGACAGCUUGCAUGUUUAAGAGCAAAAAUCACAACACAGAUAACAACAGUCUAGAAGAAGAAGAAGAUGAAAUUGAUGAGGCAGAAAUAGAGGAGCUGUUCCAGCAGCAGAUCCCCACAGGUAUCAGUGAAGAAGAACACAGGGUCUUCAUUGUGCAUCCUGAUGUGAAAUGGGGCAGCAGAAAGCAAUAUCUGACCACAGCGGCACUUCAGAUGGAAGAAGCUGUGGGUCUGGUGAACACUUUGUAUAACUGGAGUGUUGUUGAUAAGAUCAUCCUCUCCACCAAGACACCAGAGAAGAGAAGAAUUUUUGGCAAGGGAAACUUCCAGGCUCUUACAGAGAAGAUCAGAGCUACUCCUGGGGUCACAGCUGUUUUUGUGAACGUGGAAUGUCUUUCACCUUCCUCGGAAAAAGAAUUGCAGGAAGCCUGGGGAGUAAAGGUUCUUGAUAGAUACUCACUUGUUCUGCAUAUUUUCCGCUGUAAUGCUAGAACAAAAGAGGCCAAACUGCAAAUCUCUUUGGCAGAGAUUCCCUUGCUCAGAUCACGCCUGAGAAAUGAAGUCGCUAACUUAGACCAGCAAGGUGGCGGCUCAAGGUACAUUAUGGGCUCAGGUGAAACCUUGUUUGAAAUGCAGCAGCGAUUGUUGAAGGAGCGAGAGCUAAAGAUUCGAUCAGCCCUGGAGCGGCUUAGGAGGAAGAGGCACCUUCUGCGCUCCCAGCGCAAACACAGAGACUUUCCCAUCGUCUCUGUCAUGGGCUACACUAACUGUGGUAAAACAACCCUGAUUAAAGCACUGACUGGAGAUGCUGGUCUCCAGCCUAAAGAUCAGCUCUUUGCCACCCUGGAUGUUACAGUACAUGCAGGAAAGCUGCCAAGUCACAUGACUGUACUUUAUGUUGACACCAUUGGCUUCUUGUCCCAGCUCCCUCACCAGCUUAUUGACUCUUUCUCUGCCACGCUGGAGGAUGUAACACAUUCUGACCUCAUAAUUCAUGUGAGAGACAUCAGUCAUCCAGAAACUGUGAAUCAAAAGGUCAAUGUACUGAAUGUACUAAAGAAUCUACAGAUUCCAGAAAAACUAUUGAACUCCAUAAUAGAGGUGCACAAUAAGAUUGACCUCAUUGAAGGAUUUGAGGUCAGUGAUCCUGAGGUUAUUCCUAUAUCAGCUCUGAAACAGCAUGGACUGGAGGUAUUAAAAGAAAAGAUUGAAGAAGCUGUUGUUAAGUAUACCGGCAAACAAAUAAUGACCCUUAAAGUGCAGCUCAACAGCCCUCAGUUAGCUUGGCUGUAUAAGGAGGCGACGGUUCAGGCAGUAGAUGAUGUGGGAGACGACUGCACCGCCAAUGUCAAGGUCAUCAUUAGCCAAGCUGCAUAUGGCCGCUACAGGAAGCUAUUUCAGGUCACCUAGUAACAGAUGGCCCCUGUUUUACAGCCAUCAUCCAAAAUAAUUCCCACACUCAGUGCAAUAAUGAUGUUUAAAUAUUUAUUUGCUUUAUAAACAGUGUCGUUCAAAUAUCUCAAAACCAAUAUUUGAAUACAAUA